AAAGAAAACAUUAACUUUUUAGUCCCCCAGCUUAUAUUUCCAAUACUCCUGUUUAUAAAGUUAUAAUGAAUUUUAUUGGAAAAGAUUUGAAGGAAUUGAUGCCCUUAGCUUACAGGAAUGAACAAUUUUUAGAACAAUUACUAAGUGAACAUUUUGAAAAUAUUCAUUCUAAAGAAGCCAUCCAUGAAAUUGUCUUGGAAUUAAUUGAAAUUAUUAUUCGAAAAGAUGAACGAAAAUAUAUAAGUGAAAAGCUUUUAGAUGCAUCUUUUAAAUACAUUUCUGAUGCUCGAACAUCCACGGUAACAUACAACCGCUUCGUUGAAAUUCUAAGUUCUUUACAAAUUCGAUUUAACGAUGAACGAAUAAAAAAGAAACUAGUCACCACAAUUUUGCAUGACAAUACCACACAAGCUCUAGCAGCCAUUGAUAUCUGGUGCACCAUAUUUAUGUUAUCGGAUAGUUCAAUCAAACAAUCAUAUUUAAAAUUUUGGAUUAACAUAAAUGAACGUUUUGCUCAAUUUUCUACAAACAUGCCAGCGCUUCAUACGGAACUUCUUUUAAAGAAUUUCUAUAAAUUGCUGUCGCCUCAAGAAAAAACUGAUGUCUGGACCAAAUUUACUGCAUGUACCUUAAGAAAUGAUAGAUUGUUUCUAACAAUUGGUUUGGAUGCAAUUCCUAUCUGUCCAGCAAAACAAUCAAUCAUUCAACACUUUCAAAAUGAACUUUUUGGUCUUCUGAAGGAAACUGGGAAGGAAAAAACUAUUCAAGGCUAUUAUACGAUUGUAAUUAUUUCAUGCUCCUUUCUCUGGAUUAAUGUUACAUCUAAUUUAUUAUUUGUUUUCAGGUAA